AUGAUACCUUCAGACAAUGAGGAAUAAUUUUCUCCAUAUUCUCAGUUGAAUAUUAUAUUUAUAUUAAAGACAUAAACUUAAGAGUAACUAGAUUGAUGAAAAACCAAAAGAUUUAUCAAAAAAAUAUGCUGUUAUCGAUCAAUCAAAGAGAGUUUUAUUGUUAAAACGAAUUUUAUCAAGAGAAGCUACAAUCAAAGAAGCAGCUAAAGAGUUCGGUGUCAAUUUUAGCACAGCAAAAGCAAUUUUAACAACAUAUAGAAAAGAAGGUCGAAUAGGGAAGAAGAAGACUAGAGAGAAACAAAGAAAAGAAAAAGAAGGGAAAUAAUAUAGUUUUAGUAAUGAGAGAAAGGUUUAAUCCAUGUAUGAUUUGGAAAGAGAUGAAUAAUAAAAAAAAAGAAGUUUUUCUCCUGAUUUAAAAGUAUACAUUUACUAUUUAUAAAUCUCUAGACAACUGAUUAACAUAUAACAAAUAGUUUAUUACAUUAGCAUUAAUUAUUGAUAACAAAAACUACUAAAAAUCUUAUAUCUACUUAAAGUUUAGAAGAAAAGAAUGCUUAUAUAUAACUUACAAAUUGUUAAAGGGAAUUAGAAAAAUAAAAAUUAGUUAAUUUAUAAUUACUCAUGAUCAUUUCUGUAACAUAAUUGUUAUUAAUCAAUAGUCUCUUUAAUAGAAGAUAUAAUCUAUAUAAAUGCCACUAAUUAAAGAAGAACUAAAUUGA